GCGAAUAACUUCCUUUUGCAGAAACCGUAAGAAAGUGGUACUGUACUGCAAACUGGGGGUGCAUGCGAUGAAUAUGUGCUAAUGUUUGCCCGUGUUUGGAGACCUAAUUUAGCAGUUCUGAAUGCUAACUGUCUUUGCUGUAUUUAAUGUUUAACCUUUUGGAGUGAGCUGAGGUUAUAUAUAAACCUGUUUCUUGGUAUUCGGUUCUUCCGAGUAUUCUGGAGAUACACACUGCAGCACAAAAAUAUAUCCGCAAAAAUGUCUCAGGAUUAUGUGGAGUUUGACGGUGGUAUUAUGGAAGGGGGAGGACAGAUCUUGCGAGUUUGCACUUCUUUAAGCUGCAUAUUUGGAGCAUCCAUCAAAGUUAAAAAUAUUCGAGCUGGUAGAAGUACCCCGGGUUUGCGACCUCAGCACCUUUCUGGACUGGAGAUGGUACGAGAUUUGUGUCAAGGUCACCUGGAUGGUGCAGAGAUUGGAUCUACAGAAAUGGCCUUUACACCUGGGAAGAUCAAAGGUGGAAAUCAUGUGGCAGACACAAGAACAGCAGGAAGCGUCUGUCUGCUUAUGCAAGUUUCUGUGCCUUGUGUACUUUUUGCAUCAUCUCCCUCUGUCCUAAUUUUGAAAGGUGGAACUAAUGCAGAGAUGGCACCACAGAUUGACUACACAUUAAUGGUGUUUCAACCGAUUGUUGAAAGGUUUGGGGUGAAGCUGGACUGCGAUGUUAAAAUGAGGGGUUACUAUCCUAAAGGAGGUGGCGAAGUUGUUGUGAAAGUAUCUCCUGUUAAGCAGUUGUCCCCCAUCAACUUAAUGGACAAAGGAAGUAUCACAAAAAUCUAUGGCAGAGCAUUUGUUGCUGGUGUGCUGCCAUUCAAAAUGGCAAAAGAAAUGGCAGGUGCAGCUGAAAGGCGUAUUCGAAAAGAUUUUUCAGGUGUCCAUAUUAACAUUCAGGUUUUACAAGAACCCAGAGACCAAGCCUUUGGUAAUGGAAAUGGAAUCAUAGUCGUUGCUGAGACUUCUACAGGUUGCAUCUUUGCAGGAUCUUCAUUGGGCAAAAGGGGAGUGACUGCUGAUAAAGUUGGUACUGAUGCUGCAGAAAUGCUACUGAGAAACCUUAAACACGGUGGCUGUGUAGACGAAUACUUACAAGACCAGCUCAUUAUCUUUAUGGCAUUAGCUAAUGGCGUGUCUAAAGUUCGAACAGGUCCAGUCACACUUCAUACAGAAACGGCUGUUCAUUUUGCUCAACAGAUAACAAAGGCAAAAUUUAAUAUCAGCAAGUCAGAAGAUCAAGGCUGCAGUGAAGAAAAUUUCAUCAUUGAGUGCCAAGGAGUAGGAAUGACAAAUCCAUAUCUGUAGUUGUGCAUGUAUCAUAUUAGUUUCAACUGGUUAGUCUAAACAUUCUAGGAUGAAUGUUUGUAGAAAGACUGUAAAAAUCAGUUUAAUGUAGAUAGGAUUAAUUGUUGGUCUUGAACAACUUUUGCUGAACACCCACACAAAAACAAAUAAAUGACAAUGAACUGGUUGGUUCAGGAA